GGGUCAAUUCACAAAGAUAAACGUUAUCGCUUUCACCUAGUAGAUAAAUUACCGCCCCUUAUCUAACGCUAGUAACCAUGGUAUUCACGAAAGCUUCAAUCGUUAUUUAAUGUAGUCGUUAUGGUUGUCAACUGACUCGUUAUCCAAUCGUUAUGGUUACGUUUCUAACGUAAAUCUCAUUUAGAAGAACGGUAUUCUAACGAAUCAAUCGUUAAUUUAAUGUCCCAAAGCGUAAUAAUAACGUCUACGCUCGUUAAUUAACGCCGGAGAGAUGCAUUCUGGGAGCAGAAGAGGAGGAGAAUAGUUCAUCCUAACCACGUGUUUCCUCUGUAAUUGCGUCCUUUGACCCGGAUCUGGAAAAGUAAAUAAAAGAAAACACACCUGGAGCUCGAGCGCGUGGUGUGGGUGGAAAAAACAGCAGCAGCAGCAGCAGAAAACAUGAGGCCGAGUCUAAGAUCGCUGUUUGAGCAAAUUGUUAAUUCGCCCAUCGAACAGUCAGAAGAACAUUCAAGCUCCAAUGAGGAAAAUGACAAUAAUGGAUCUGUCAAGUCAGUGGGUCAUGUACCCGGAAAUCUAGCUGCUAUGGUGCGCACCCAAAAAAAAAAUAUGACGGUAGAUACUAAAGAUAAAUCACAGACAUCAUCGAAGCCUAAGAAACCUGAUUCCAAGGCACAGACCACUCCUCCUGGGAAUAUUAACUCACUUAAAAAACGAAAUAAAAGAAAAAAUUCAGAAAAGGAACGCAAAAAGGAGACACCGUCACCCAAGGAUGUGGGUCCAUCCAAAUUUACGGAAACAUUUGGGGAAUGUAUUAAGAUCAAAACUGCGUAUGAUACCGCACAAAAAUCAACAUCAGAAUCACAACAAAGACACAAAUCAACAAAAUCGACGCAUGAAGAUUACAAGCAAUCCAAAACAUACCCAAAAGCUAAGCACCAAAAGCAGCAGCCUGAGUUUGGUAAGAGCAAUUUCCACCAUCAAGACAAAUCUGAAUGUAGAGUUAGUAAAGCAAGCAAGUCCCAUCCAGAACCUAGACCACCCAUGGAAUCAUCUCAGCAAUCACUAUUCUCUACUGAAGUGCCAAAAAAGAUCUCCAAGCCAGCAAGGUCAGAUGUCAUCAUGUCAUCUAAUCCUGCCUCGCCAGUGUUAAUAGACGGAGAUGAAUUUUCGACAGAGAGUGAAUCUGAGAAUCCAGCAGUUCGUCCAGGCAAAAAAAUCCUUAAGGAAAAAAAGCGAAUCCGAAAUCGAAAAUUCACAUUCCAUGAAAACCUAGUCUUAAUUGAGAACCUUGUUCCACAUUUUCACAAGCUCCUUGGAAACAGAGCAGCUGCUACGGAGUCAGCAUGGAAAAACACAAUCUGGAAGCAAAUUGCAGAUGCAGUUACGAGUGUGGGUGUCUCUCCACGAUCAGCAGAUAACGUACGUAAGCGGUACCAGGACAUUCGGCUUCUACUAAGGCGCAAGAUUUCGGAUGAAAACAAGAGCAGAAAAGCAACAGGGGGUGGCCCUGAGAAGAAAAUAGUUUACCACCAGUAUGAAGAGUUACUGCGUCCAUACAUAGAUCUAGAUUCCAUUGUUGGCAUCAAGGCUGGUUUUGAUACCUCGAGGCACCAUGAAAACGAGGGUGCUGACAAAAGGCAGUUAGUGUCAGAAGCAGAAAUUGAAAGUGACCACUCUUUGAAUGCACAGCCGUCUGUCUACUUCCAGGUGGAGGAUGAUCCACCAAGCAACCCUGAGGAAUCAAUCACCCUUUUCCUAGAAGAAUCUAGUCAUGAAAAUGCUAGUAAUGUAAAUGCUUCUGAAGUAAUGCCAAACCCAACUGUGUCCAACCAUAUAACUUUAGAUACACCCAUCCUGGGUACUCCUGAUGUGGUUGCUACUGAACCCCCAGAGUUAAGCAGACCUAGAGACAGGAGAACAAUUUGUAGGACACGAAACAUGGAUAGGGAACAGUACCAUUUUGAUAGAGAACAGAGUGAUAGAUUUCAUAGUGAACAACAAAAUUUUAGAGAACAGCUCAUGCAGAGAUUGGAUAACCUAAAUAGUAACAUAUGCAAAUCUAAUAUUCUCCUAGAGCAACAUAAUGCAGCUCAACACACCUAUCGCCAGCAGAAGCUCUCCUUUAUGGCCAAACUAACAGAACUCUUAGAAGCACAUCUGCCAUCUCCUGGUGAGCAAUCUCAUAAUGCUCGGAAUCUAACCAGCAGCAACCACAGCAGUUUUGUUUGUGAAAGUAUUAUCGAAAAUGAUGCUAUUGAUAAUUUUACUAUUCAGGAUAUUUAAAUGUUAUAAGAAGUACAAUUUUUUUUUUUUAAUACAUUUCACAUAAUUCACAACUGAGUUUGAAUUUAAAGAGCUUGCAAACAUUUGUUCUUUAAAUUUUUACUCAGCACGCAACAUUGUUAAGUCAUAUAUUGCCCAAAGUUGACUGCUAUAUAGAUGCUUUUUCCAGUUAAAUAUGUCAUUUGACCAUGUCGUUGCAGAUCUGUACCAAAUAUGUGUAAUCAACAUGACGUUUGUAUUUGAGUUUUAGAUGUUUCAAUGGCCAUCAUUGAUCAAGCUGGUUGGAUGACCAAUGAAACGUCUUUAGACAGUUAUGUAGCUUUGAUUUUAUUUUCAAUAGAUAUACAAUUAAUGUUAUAUGGGAUUUUUUCUAUGACAUUAUUGCCUCUGAAAACAUUUCAAAAAAGGUUGAGAAUUAUGUGAAAUCUAUUUUUAUCUAUCAAGCAUGUUCUAGUAUUCAUUACUGUUAUCAUUACGGUUUUCAUAAUUGUUUGUAUAUACACGUUGAAAUGCAAGUGCAACAAUAUUGUCAAAUAUUUGUUUUAACAUGUAUAUUUUUUGUUCAAAAGCAGAACCAUUUUUUUGUUGUAAGGCAAAAAAGUGGUAGGAUUGUUGAAAAGUAGAAGUGAACUAUCAAUAAUACUAGAGUUGAAGUUACAGAGUAGAGAUAUAAUUCAUCAGCACUACAUAAAAUCAUCAAUCAUAUUCGUUUAAUAGGAGAAUACAUCACAUAACAUCACGUCUACGCAUUUGAAACAGACACCCUUUGUCACAGCAGAAAAUGUGACAGGUUUGUCAUGCUUUUCUUCCGUCAGGAAGGCACACUAUUGGAUCUAAAUUUUUUUUUUUAUAUUUUAUCCACGUGGAUGUAAAUUAUUGAUAUUUUCACUCAAGUGCUUGGAUUUGUAUCUGUACUCUGUGACUAAAAUGCGCCAUCCAUUGUUGUUGUCACAGCAAGGACCAUGUUUCUCUGUGUGGUUUUCAAAAGUAAUGUGUAUUUUCUCCUAUGAAGAAUAAAGCAAAGUAGCUGAUAAUUGCAAUCUCGAUAUCACCUGUGUUUCUGUAAAGUUUAAAACAAAAUAUACAUAUUUUAGUUGCUGACGUCGUCUUCUUCGCCGGUAGUUUGAUUCAUAUUAAAAAAACAAACAUCCAAAUGGUUGCAUACUCCAUCUUGCCCAACCAUAUAUUUUUGAUGUUGUGUUGGCUGUAAUUUGACUUCUGUUACUUUUGAAACCACAUGUUAUUGGUAUGGAAUGUAGGUAUCAUUUCCUGACUAAUGAGGUUAAAAAUGUUUCUGCAAUUUGUAGACAACCGCUAUUCCAUCUUUCAAAUGCCCUGCGUGGAAUAGUUAACAUUUUAACUAACGUGCAUUGUUUCUCAGUAAUGAAAUGAGUAAUGGUAACUGCGGUGUGGGGUGGAGAGGAGAAAUUAAAAUAUAUGUAACAUUUGGGGUAAUGGUAGAUGACUAUAGGCAACCAAAGGUAGAGUUAAGUGACCAGUGAUGAAGGUGAUGAUAUACAAAACAAUAAAUAACACCAAAAAUAUAAUAUUAUGAUUCAAUUAUUGUGUUAUUUAAUGGUUUGCAUAUCAACGGCUUCUUUACAGGUCACUUACUCUCCUUACCUUAGGUUGGCUAUAGCCAUCUGCCAUUACGUCAAUUGGUGGUAUUUAUUUUAGUUUUAUUUCAUUUCUCCCCUCUCCCACACAACGCAGUUAACAGCACUCAUUUCAUUCACCAUCUUUCUGGCAAGGACAUGGUUUCAGGCAACUGCAGCAUUUCAACUGUCUUUGGCACACAGUUCGGUCUUCUAUUUUAUUGCUUCUCACUAAUGUCAAAAAAAUGUUGGUACUUAUUAGCAGAUGAACAGAAUUUUUGCGUGUAUAACCCACACUUACACUUGUUGCAAUAAAGAAUUCAAACACAA